AUGCAAAUAAUCUCAGAGUUUUCCUCGGUGUCCCCUAAUGAGUCCUAUCAUGGACUGAUUCUCACACUCCAAGACGCGCUUCUAGUUCUUGAAGCCACGAGACUCAACAUUCUUCCCAAAGUCAAGAGAAGACUCAACGAUGCAGAGCGUAAGAACAUUAACGCAGGAUCCGUAUUUGCCUGGAAUGAAACAGAAUGCGGAAUGAAACGUUGGACCGACGGUAAAACUUGGCUGGCGUCCAAAGUGAAAGGGCCAUUUCUCACUUAUCAGGAGUACGAUGUGAGUCGUAAUGUCAAAGCAAAUGGUUUGAUCAAGCAGAGUUUCUCUCUUACAACCAAACAAAAUGAAAAGUUCCAUUUGAUUGCCUACUACAGCCUGCUGGAUGGUGGAAAGCCUCCUACGGGAGCUAAGAUUCCUUCGCAAGACAGUUUGUUUGCCAAACUACUGUUUGACCCUAACAUCUAUCUGAAUGAUGUUUUGCAUUUCAACAGUCCGGACUCCCGGACCGGUCCCAUGAUGCCCCAACAGGUCCAACAGAUACCUAUGCAGCAGGUGGCAUAUCAACAGCCCAUAGACAGACAUCUUCCGGGUAUCCCUGUCUAUCAUCCGGUGCCUACUACUUACUACUGCCAUCCUCUGAUGGUUCCAUAUCAGUACUUGUCUGCUGUGCCAAUUCCACAGGCCUAUCAGCUACCUCAGCAGUCUGUGUAUCUCCAGCCUAUUGGUCCUCAUGGUUACUCGUACCAAGAGGGUCAGCAUCCUAACUCAGCACACGAGCACUCGGGUGUCCAUUUGACUCAGGGAAAUCCACAAAAUAGACUGCUCUCUAUCACAUCGAUUCCCCCAGGGGCAUUGCCCUCUCAUCAUCCCUCUGCACCUCCAGCAUAUUUGAAUCACGAAGCGCAAUCUCCUGCCUUCACAUACGGAGUGAAAAGAGUCGAGCUGUUGCUGCUGCUCCCGUCACCCAAGCUGUCCAAUCAUACAUCUCCGGCAUUAGGCAAUCAUUCGGACGUAAGACCUGUCAUGGGCCCGUCAAAGUCGUAUACAAAGCCCGUGAGGCUUCCGUCGGCACAAGAACUCUUGCAACCAGCGGAAUUGCCAUAUAUUCGCAUGCCAGGAAUGAUUAGCAAACUAAGGGAACCCAAAGUGUUCUCCGUUUAG